AUGCGCGCUCCAUCAACAGACCUGCUCAAGGCUUUGCGCCUUGCCACGACCACUACUUCGCUGGCCACUUCGGUACAUCCAACAUGCCUUGCAGCUAGACACACAAUCCGUCCCUCCAAUCUAUCUACAUCCUCUCAACCGAGCAAUCGCACCUUCAGGACUUCUGCUGGUCUUCUCGGCGUAUACAAGUCAUCCGGACGUGAUGGUUCUUCCUCUCAAAGAGCAGAUACCACCAAUGCGACUGGUGCCACUGCCCCCAACGCAACCACAAACAACAAGACGGCCACCACCGGCACAAGCAGAACAGUAACAUUGAAUCCAUCCACAAAACCCAACACGGCCUCGACAAGUAUCAAGCCGCCCCCUCGCUCAAUUCCGAAUGCUGCAUCGCAACCGCCAUCACAACCCCACCCACAGCAGAACUUGCUCAACCCACGAGCACCUCGCACACACGACCGUGGCCCCGUCUCCGAGGAAGACACACAGACAGAUUUCGAAAGGAUGGACAUCCUCGCCAACGCCGGCGCCACGGCUCCCGCAACAUCCAUUGACGCGUGCAUCCACGACGGAUUCCACCUGAACAACGGCGUCCAGACCCGCGGCGGACUAGGUGUAUUGUUACUUGACGGCGAGGCCUUUGUAUGGGCACCGUGGAAGGCGGAUACGGCUACGCCUUCGUCCAACGGGUUUGACCGAUUCCUCGACCCCCGCCGCGGAAUCUUGUCGUUCCCACCAUCUUCGCUCGGCAUCUUCGACCUGGUCUUUCCCAAACCAGACCUGUUGAUCAUUGGUACAGGCGGGAAACUGUGGAUGUUGUCGCGCGAGACGCGCAAGUUUCUGUCCGAGGAACUAGGGAUCAGAGUCGAUGUCAUGGAUACCGCGAAUGCCGCGGCCGCAUAUAAUCUGCUUGCUACGGAGAGGGGUGUCAAGGAGGUUGCUGGGUUGAUGAUUCCGGAUGGAUUCGUGGGGGCAUGA